CCUGUUGGUCUCUGGAAGGCAGGGGUGGUAGCCUCCACCCCAUAGGGUGGAGGGAUACAGCUAAAGCUUCUGUAAAUAACAUUCAAUUGUCAGGAACGGGACAGAGACACAAAAUCUACCUGAGCUUCCACUGAGAUAACAAACACCGGGCUUGUGAUAUUUACAUGAUCCAUGAAGAUAUGAGUGUGUCUUGUGAACCUCCCCUGCUCAUCAUCCCAGAGGGAGAUGUCUGGGACAUUGAUGCCACCUCAUACGCAGAUUGUGGGCACUUUGUGGACUGGGACCAAUUUCCUGUUUCACCAAAUGACCAAAGCCUGUCUACUCGAGAACUUCCACAGUCAUACAAGGAGCUGAAGCGUAUGGCCAGGGAAGGACUGUGGGUCAACAAUCAAAGCAUGCGAACUGAAGCCUACAACCAAAUUAUUAAGAGCAUCCGCUGUCGGGUUUUUACUCCAGAUGCCACCGUGUACCAUGAUUUAUCUGAACGACUCUUUGGUAAGCUGGGGGCAGACGGCCACCCCUUGCCAGACUUCAUGGAUGGGUGCCUCUUGCCUGUGUACUGCCUCAACGCUCGAGGAGAGGCUGCUGUAAAGAAGAUUCUUAUCUGUAUUGGGAACCAGUUUCCAGAUAUUACAUAUAGUCCGUCUUUGCCGGCAGUGGUGACCCUUCUUCUGCAUUUUAGUGAGGAUGAAGCUGAAUGUUUUGAGAGGGCAUGUCGUCUCAUCUCAUGUGCAGAACCUCACAAGAGUUAUAUAGACCAAAGUUUUUUAUCCCAUGAGGCUUCAUGCAUGACCUUUGGUGACUUAGCAAAGAAGUAUUGCCUGGCUGGACACAAGUUUAUCAUCACCCACUCUGAAAACUCCAGUGAGGUCUUCUCAGAGUGGCUUAUGUGGAUCUUUGGAGAUCUGCCUUUUGAAUACAUCAUUCGAGUCUUUGAUGUUUUUCUGCUGGAGGGCAUCAAGGUCCUUUACCGUGUGUCUCUGGCACUACUGAAGCAGUACAAAAUGCAUGUGGACUCGGAGGUUGAGGAUGUUCAGUCUGACAUCCAGGACUUUGUAAAAAACAUUUCCCAGCAUUUGUCUGUGGAAAAGCUCCUAGAGAAAGCUUUUAGCAUCAGGCUGUUUUCCCACAAAGAGAUUUGGCUUUUGCAGAUGGCCAACAGAAAGGCUCUGUCACAAAGAGGGAUCACCGUGAUGCAACCCAGACAACCUGCACAUUUGUCCAUAGACCUCGUGAAUUUCAGCUCAGAGAUUGUCACAGCGCAAGAGAUGAGAGUCAUCUGGUCUUGGAUCCCAGAGCGGUUCUCUUUGUACCCCCCAGUCCUCCUGUUUUCCACUAUGGAGCAUGGCUACAGUCUCCAGAGAUUCUAUUCCCAAAGUGAGGGGUAUGAGCCAACUAUCCUUCUGAUCAAGACAACCACAGGAGAGGUAUGUGGCGCUUUCCUCUCUACGGACUGGAAUGAACGACGCAAAUGCUGCGGACAAGUGGCCAACUUUUUUGGCACAGGGGAAUGCUUUAUAUUCAGUAUUCGCCCAGAGAUGGAGAAGUUCCUUUGGGUUGUGGUGAAAAAGCCGGAGAUGGGUAAAGCAGCGCCACCAUCUCCCCUCUCACGACCGCGCUCUUACUCUCAUGGAUCUCGAGUCUCUGCUUCUCCUCAACACUCAUUAUCUCCAAACCCAGCAUCUGCUCCCAGCAGCCCAUCCCAGCUCCCAAACUUCCUGACUGUUCCUUUUGCGUCAGAUUCAGCACCAGGCCGCCUGUCCCCAUUUCUAUCUGUCCGACACUUCCAGCUACCAUCUAAAACAGCCUCCAUGUUUAUGUCGGGGAACAACCAAGGCAUUGUAAUUGGUGGUGGAGGUGGACAAGCCCUGAACAUUGAUGCUGAUUUGAAUAACGGCAGGACAGAGCACUGUGAAACCUUUGACAAUCCUCCUCUGUGCGAGGAGAACUUCCGCAUCCAGCACCUGGAAGUCUGGGCCUGCCAGAAUUUUUGAAAAGCAAACACUCCAAAAAGACGCCAAGUACCGACAUUGCACCAAGUGCCAACGCUACAAUCGAAAACUGGACGCUUGCAUCUUUGUGGUUCAUUUUUGUCUUCACUUGUUCUGGACGUCAUAAACUAUUAGACUAACGGAAUGGAUAAUGCCAUAGAUUAACCACAGAACCAUUUUUGUUAUUGUAGAGAAAACUGUGAAUUUCCAUCUUGACCAAAUGGUUAUUCUUGCCUCGUUGACUGUUUGUGGCUAAAUGUAAACACCAAGACUUACAAGUGUCCAUCUAUAUGCAGUAGGCAAGGUGACAUGAAGCCAACAUAAGCUAGAUAGAUGGUACUAAAAACCAUUCAUGCAUUAUUUGCACAACUGUAUUAUAUAUGGUGUCUUGGGGGGAUAUUUUGUCACAGUAAAUAUAUAUUCCUUAUAAUACUAGGUAUGAUAAGCUUCCCAGUGUUUUUUGUUAACACAUCUACUGGUAAACUGUUCCAUGAAUCUACUCCUCUCUCUGUAAAAAGGCAGACACAAUUACCCUACAAGCUGGUAGAGCUUUCUAAAUAUUAGCAUGUGAUGUCUGUGAACCAAUAGCCAAGCAGAGGUUGUAACUGCUAUCUUCAAAACAAACUGAUCCAGACAGUACUAUUGCUAUUAAUACAUUAGGGUCAUUCUAAAUAAUAAUGACACUAAAUAGAAGUCUUUAUGAGAAAUGUUAAAAGAUUUAUUUUAUGCCUCCCCACUGCAGCUACUUGCAUAGGUCUCUCAAGAUGAUAACAGAUUCAUGCAACUGGAACACUCCCAUUCAAGACAGCCAAUCAAGGACCACAUCAAAAAAUAAAAUGCCUUAAAGGGACAGUCUAGUCAAAAUUAAACUUUCAUGAUUCAGAUAGGGCAUGCAUUUUUAAACAACUCUCCAUUUAACUUUAAUAAUUAAAUUUGUUUUGUUCUCGUGGUAUUCUUUGUUGAAAGCUCAUUUCUAAGCCUCAGUGCAUUUUGACAAUUUUUUCACAGGCAGACAGCGCUAGUUUAUGUGUGCCAUAUAGAUAAUAUUGUGCUCUCUCCUGUGGAGUUAUUUAUGAGUCAGCACUGAUUGGCUAAAAUGCAAGUCUGUCAAAAGAACUCAGGUAAAGGGCAGUCUGCAGAGGCUUAGAUACAAGGUAAUCACACAGCUAAAACGUAUAUUAAUAUAACAGCGUUGGUUAUUCAAAACUGGGGAAUGGUAAUAAAGGGAAUAUAUAUGUUUUUAAACAAUAAACAUUUCCAAUGUCCCUUUAGUGAAAUAAAGUACUUCAUUAUUUUUUUUUAUUUUUUUUUAAUUAUAUGUGCACUUGUUAGAGAAACAGCUUUAGACUGUUCAUAAUUAUUUUUGUGUUCCCAUAAUAUCUUUAUGACAACUUAAAAAAAUAUUAAAAUUAUUUAUGUAAUAAAAUGUUUAUUUUAUAUAAACAUAAUCCAGUAAAUGUAAAGAUUCCUCUCUUCUGCUGAGGAAAAACAUAGCUACUUCAACACAAACAUUUAUUUAUGUGCAGAGCUAAGUUCUCCUCUUGUAAAUUUUAGGGUUAAAAUGAAAAAAGUUCAUAAGUGCAUGUUGUGGCAUAUAAACCUAUAUACAUAUGUGCUUAAAGGGAUUAUAAACAGUGCUCCUUUAGUAAAAACAAAUAUGUUAAACCAAAGUAAACAGAAAAAGAAACCGAUUGUGUAAAAAAAACAGCAAACAACUUACUUGUUUUCUUUUAAAAUGAGCAUUUAGACAUUCUCAGUGUAGCCACUGUUCUCAGGGAGAUGAGAGAACUGAAAGGUUGGCAACUAAGGAUGCAUCCUGCCUAUUCUGACCAUGGGCAAAUCUGAUUCCUUGUUUAUCUAAUAUUCACUUGAUAAUAAACCAGCUCAUGUUACUCUAGGAGUUUUAUUACAUCAAGCUAGAAACACCUUUCUGUAGUGACCAAGGGGUCGAUUUAACAAGCAGUGGAUGCUGCAUAAACGCCCCGUCAUUUACGGUCCGUCAGAAAUGGAAGUUUAACUUCUGGACUGAAAUCAGCGUAUGCUGUCGGCAUUUAGCAAGGUCGAGCGGACAUGAUGUUCGAUCAACCUUAAGUAAAUCUACCCCCAAGCCUCCUUGUAGGGCUUUGACAGGAAGUAAUGUACACUGCAUAAAUGAUGUUUAAAAAAUAAAAUCCAUUUCAAAUGAUAAAUAAUAUAUAUUACCGUGAUUUCUAUAAAGUAUAACCCUUUGCUUAGUGUUUUUUCAUUACAACAAUAUCCCUUUAACCCCUUCCUGCCCUGACUUAUUUGUCGACAUUGGAAGAAAGUUUUAAUGUAAACAAUAAGUUAAAAAGUGACAUAAUGUGAUUGUGUCUGGGGGAGUGUCUAUGACGCUAGACACGCCCUCCAGCCUGCGAUCCCAUUCAGGGAGCGCCUUUGGCUUAAGUAAAGCCAAAAGUCUAGGCCGUUCUAUACCAUCCUAAGGGCGUUAAAGCCCAGUGCUGUUAGGGCGUCAUAGAACGUCCUAAGGGUGGGAAGGCUUAAAGUAUUAAAGUAUACACAGAGGUUAAACAUGUAGAUAACAUCUUGUUUAGGGGCCACAAGCAUUUGCAGCUACAUGACGCUCCUGAUUGGCUCAUAGGUGAUUUUGUUACUUUAUAGUUUUACCCUUUGUGGGAGUUAAAGAUAUAGGGGUUAAUCACAUUCCUUUAGAAACAUUUUUCUAAUGAUUUUUCUAUACACUUCGCCCUCUUGGGGGUUUUGCAGAUAAAUAAUUUGAUAAGAUUUUUAAAAGCUUGUGAUUAUCCCCCACCUAGGGUCUGUAAUGCUGUAACUUACAAUUAGUUUAUAAUUAGACUGACCCUUCUCAAAGAAAACAGUUUUAAUGUAACUUAAAUGAUUUUUGUUAUAUUAUUUAGGUACUAAUAAAGUUGUCAUCGAGAGUGUUAUAAAAUAACAACAAUAAAGUUGUGUUGAUUACUUAGAACAAAUGACUGAAUCAACAGAUUUGGUGACUUUUAGAAAGGAAUGUUAGACUUUAACCACUUCCCUGCCACAGAGGUCUUUAAUGCACUGCACCUACUGAAAGCAAAAGGGUUGAUGAGACCGUAGCCCAUCAGAGAGGCCCAAUAGGGUUGCCACCCGUCCCUUAAAAUACAGAACACUUAUAAGUUACACAUGCUGCAGGGUGUGCAGGGAGGAAUAUGAAUAGUGCUGUCCAGAAACACAAUACAUGUUCCUUCCUGCACACCCUGCAGCAUGUGUAACUCAUAAGUGUCCAGAAAAAUAUGGCUGAGGUGGCAAGCCUAGCCCAAACGGAGGGUGUAAGAUUAGAGAAUAGAAUAAGAACAAUUUAUAAUAGAGAGAGAGAAAAAUAUGCAUUUUUAAAAUUAUUUUCUGUCAUGCAGUCAUCCUAAUGUGUUAGUUAAUGUUUAUUAGCUACUUGUAAAAAAAAACAUUUGGAAGUUGCUUCUGAUGGGAAUUAUUUAAGGGUUCCAGGUUGUUAUUAAAAUUUACCAUUUGCUUUUUAA